GUCUUGAAUGCAGUUUGACAGUGCGGUCCCUGCUCCCCCCACCUCGGUCACACGGGUUCUGAGGCCCAGUGAACUCUGACGUGCGGCGGGUCGGGGACGCGGCGGCGGCCGUUCCGCGUUGGACCCACGAGGAGCCAUGGCGCAGAAGAAGAAGCGGCCGAACAAACCCAGGAAGGCGCGGAUCCGCUCUCAGGGCCACCGGCGGGACGUGGAGGUCGAGAGCGACGGCGGCGAGUUCGAUCUGGUGCCUUCGAUCGAGGAGGAUGCGCUGGGUGUCGGCGAGCACAAUGCCAAAUGUUUACCAAGCUUUCCUUCAGCUGAUUACCCAUCUGAUGUGGAACCUGACACCAGAGAGAUGGUCCGGGAACAGAAUAAGAAGAAGAAGAAGUCGGGGGGUUUUCAGUCCAUGGGUUUAAGCUUUCCUGUUUUUAAAGGCAUAAUGAAGAAAGGCUAUAAAGUGCCAACUCCAAUUCAGAGAAAGACAAUCCCAGUGAUACUGGAUGGAAAGGAUGUUGUUGCCAUGGCCAGGACGGGCAGUGGUAAGACUGCAGCAUUUCUUAUUCCUUUGUUUGAGCGGUUGAAGGUGCGUUGUGCACAGACAGGAGCAAGAGCUUUAAUUCUCACCCCAACUAGAGAACUUGCAUUACAAACCAUGAAGUUCACAAAAGAGCUUGGAAAGUUUACUGGCUUCAAAACAGCUUUAAUCUUGGGUGGAGACAAAAUGGAAGAUCAGUUUGCAGCACUUCAUGAAAAUCCUGAUAUAAUAAUUGGCACACCAGGUCGUUUAAUGCAUGUGAUUGUGGAAAUGAACCUCAAGCUACACAAUGUUGAAUAUGUGGUCUUUGAUGAAGCUGACAGAUUGUUUGAGAUGGGAUUUGCUGAGCAAUUGCAAGAGAUUAUUCAAAGGUUACCAGAAUCCAGACAGACCUUGCUAUUCUCAGCGACAUUACCCAAGCAAUUGGUGGAAUUUGCACGUGCUGGUUUGACAGAACCAGUUCUAAUCCGACUGGAUGUAGACACUAAACUGAAUGAUCAGUUACAGCUGGCAUUUUUUCACGUAAGGUCUGAUGACAAGGCAUCUGUUCUUCUCUACUUGUUAAGAAAUAUUAUAAAACCUCAAGAACAGACAGUUGUUUUUGUAGCUACCAAACAUCACGUGGAAUACGUAAAAGAGCUAAUUACCAGACAGGGCAUUGACUGUUCAUACAUCUACAGUGCUCUGGAUCAAACAGCAAGAAAAAUCAACAUUGGGAAAUUUGUCCACAGAAAAUGUAUGGUGAUGAUUGUUACUGAUGUUGCAGCUCGUGGUAUUGAUAUUCCCAUGUUGGAUAAUGUUGUAAACUACAAUUUCCCAUCCAAAGCUAAACUUUUCUUGCAUAGAGUUGGUCGAGUAGCGAGAGCUGGUAGGAGUGGCACUGCUUAUUCAUUGGUAGCCUUGGAUGAAAUUCCAUAUGUAUAUGAUCUGCAUUUGUUCCUCGGGCGACCCCUCAAAUUUGCAGGCCAGAAUGAGAAUUCGGAAGAUUCAGAUGGAAUAUAUGGCAGAGUCCCUCAGAGUAUUAUAGAUGAUGAAGAAUCACUACUUAUGGCAGACCAUAAAGCUUCACUAGAUCUUCAAAAUCUGAAAAAAGUGUCAGAGAAUGCUUACAUUCAGUAUCUGAAAUCAAGACCCACUCCUUCUCCAGAGUCAAUAAAGAGAGUUAGAGAAAUGAACUUCAUGACACUGGGCAUUCAUUCAUUAUUUGGUACUAGCCUGGAAGGUACAGAACUUCAAAGACUAAAAGUUAUCGACAGUAUCAAAAAUUAUAAAGCAAAAUCUACCAUUUUUGAAAUAAACUCUACAAACAAGAGCACAGCAAGUGAGAUCAUGAGGAUGACGCGAAAUAAGCAGCAACAUGUAAUCCACAAGUUUCAGAAGUUGAAGCAAGAAAAGCAAACGAGUGCAUCCACAAACCUGCCAAGCCCAAAGGAAGCAGAUCCCUCUGCUGUGCAGGAGGCUGAUGAUGACAACAUUAAGAUUGUGUUCUCUGAAGUUAUGGGGAGGAAGAGAAAGAAUAAAGAACCCUCUAAUCAUUUGUCCAAAAAGAAGAAAGAGUGUAGCAAGGAUGAUCAAUUUUACAUUCCUUAUCAACCAAAGGACUUCAAUUCUGAAAGAGGGUUAAGCUUAAGUGGGGAAGGUACUAACUUUGAGCAGCAGGCAUCUGGAGCUGUGUUAGACUUGAUGGGAGAUGAAGCAGAAGAUAUGCAAAAACAGAAACAAAUGCUGAAAUGGGACCGUAAAAAAAAGCGAUUUGUCAGUAACACCAGCAAACAAAAUAAGAAAAUAAAGACUGAAAGUGGACGAUACAUCAGUGCUUCGUAUAAAAAGAACAUCUACGAAGAGUGGAAGAAAAAAUACAAGAUAGAUGAAAGAAUAUCUGAUGAUGAAGCUGAAAAUGAACAAAGUAAUCACAAGGGCAAGAAAAGUGGCUACGGUGGAAGAAGAAACUCACGAUCUUUCUCAAGAAAACCAAGUCAGCAACAUGGAGUACGCUCAGAACUUAAGACCAAAGCUGAAAUUCUUAAAGAAAGAAAGAGAAAGGAAAAAAUGCAAUUCCUGCAACGGGGAGGAAUGAAGAAGCUCAAGAAGAAGAAUCGGCAACAUGUAAGAGAAAUGAAGAGCAUGGCGUUCGGCAGAGGCAAAGGGAAAGGGAAAAUGAGGAAAAAAAUGUAAUACAGAAAUGCACUAUGAUAUUUUUGUCAUUUACAAUAAUAAUAUGGUUCUGGCUAAUAUUAGCUGAAGCCCAUUUUGCCUUCCUUUUUUAUUUAUUCUAGUUAUGGGAUGGAAGUUUAAGUAGAAUGGAAGGAGAUAAUGAUGUCUCAAGACUGAACAUACUGACUUUUGUACAAUCUGCAAUAUAAAGACUUUAUAAUGAAAGUUGUUUUAUAUAUCUGAAGUCUACUGCCUUCAUUGAAAUGUCCUAAAAAAUAUUGUAGUCCAAAGACUGAAGUUAUGCACAUCUAUUAAAGCACAGUUUUUUGAAUUUAUUUUUAAAAAUAAAUACCUUCUCAAUUAUAUGAUAAAACAUUUUUAAUUCAAACCAUUUUGUCCCUGUGCUAAACUAUAAAAUGAUCGUGUUGGAUGCUGUCAUGAAAAUCCCAAAAAAGUGUGUCUGUUGUGAAUUGUGUGUAAGGUUAUUAAAAUUAUGCAACUAAACAAAUGAAUCUCAGUGGGCUAAAUUUUGCUGGUCCAAUUUUCUCUCGCCCGCCUUCUCUCUACACAUUACCCAUUACACAUUCAUAUGGAGCAGACCAGAGGACCAAUCUCACUGGCCUUCCAAAAUCCUGUGGUAUGCCCUCAGCAAAGAAAGAUGCUUUCCUGUUCAGCCUCUGACAGCUAACAAAGCCAGGAGUAGGGUUUUGC